AUGAGUGAAUCUAUUGAGCCACCAAUUGACGUAUCUAUUUCUGUGAGCGAGUCUAUCGAAACACCAAUUGAAGCAUCUCCAAAAGAAAAAACUCCUCGCUUUACAGAAGAGAAUGACGCUGAAAGAGAAGAGCGUUUAGCUAAGCAAAAAGAAAUUGACGCUAGAUCUAUCUACGUAGGUAACGUUGACUAUCAAUCGACUCCGGAGCAGCUAGAGUCAUUCUUCAAUGCAGUGGGCGUAAUUGAGAGGAUUACAAUAUUGUUUGACAAAUAUUCAGGCUUACCCAAGGGAUAUGCCUAUGUUGAAUUCGAACUGCCAGAAAGUGUGGAGAAGGCAAUUACCGAAUUGCAUGGCAAUACAUUCAGAGGACGUGAUAUCAGGGUCACUAACAAAAGAACCAACUUACCGGAUUUCUCCAAAAGAGGCAGAGGAAGAGGCGGUAGAGCAUUCAGGGGACGCGGCCGUAGUCGUGGUACUUUCCGAGGUAGGGGACGUGGAAGUGGACGAGGCACCCCGAGAGGCGAAGGUUUUAAUGAAGUUGAAAAUACAGCCGUGGGAGUGAGCAACACAGGCCCCAGUUCGGCUACUUUUGAAGAAAGUAUAACCUUAGUGACAGAAACAUCGACGGAAUAG